AUGGAUAUCUUCAAGAAGUUACAAGUGAACAUUCCUUUCGCAGAAGCCCUGGAAAGCAUUUCGAACUAUGCAAAAUUCAUGAAAAAUCUUCUGUCAAAGAAGCACAAGUUGAAGGAGUGCGAAACAGUGGCCUUAACUGAGGAAUGUAGUGCGAUCAUCCAGAAGAAACUCCCUCCCAAGCUAAAAGAUCCCGAAAGCUUCAGUAUUCCUAUAGCUAUAGGAAAUAUUGAAGUAGGAAAGGCAUUAUGUGAUCUGGGAGCAAAUUUCGUAAUCCUGAAUAUGAAAGAAGAUGCAGAGAUUCCUCUACUACUUGGAAGGCCCUUCCUAGCUACUGCAAGAGCAAUAAUCAAUGUGGAGCAAGGGAAACUGAUGCUGAGGAUGAAUGAAGAGACAAUCACCAUUGAUGUUUUCGAGUCAAUGAAGCAUCCGUCUGAUGGAGGAGACUGUUUCAUGGUUGACAUAAUUCAAAAAGCAGUUGAUGACACGAUGAAAGAGGAGAGUUUCCCGCUUGAGUUAGAGCAAAUCAACGAAGAAACUGAACUUGUUGAUAAAGAAAAAGAACCAGUGGUGGAAGAGCUCGAGAAAAAGAAAGAUGACAUCCCUCUUGGAGCACCAAAGGUGGAGCUAAAGAAGUUACCUUCAAAUCUGAAAUAUGCUUUCCUUGGUGACAAAAACACUUAUCCAGUCAUCAUCAAUGUUGAGUUAGCAACCAUAGAAGAAGAAAAGCUUCUCAAGGUGUUGAAGAAACACAAAGCUUCCAUAGGAUGGUCUUUCCCGAUUUAA